AUGAGCUUCAACAUCGCCGGGCUGGGCGGGCUCGUGAACUGCGGGAAGACGGGGUUCAAAGCCGCCAUGAGCCACUCGCCCGAGUUCCCCUGCGACAAGAGCGGCAAGCCCAAGGAACGAUACAUCUUCUUCGGCUUCCCCUACGUGUCAAUUGGCGAGACGGGCGAAGUCGGUUCGCUCCUCCGUCGCGGCCGCGGCAAGCCGUCCAACGCGUGUGGUGCGCUCAUCGCCAUCCGCGGCGACAUUUGCGCCGGCGGUCCAAUCGUUGAGGACCCCGACAAUGCCGAGUACGUGCUUCUCAAGAAGAAGGUCGCGUCUCGAGUUACCACCGACGAGCCUAAUUUGGUGCAGGUCACCCGCGCUGCGCUGCAGGCUAUCACGGACGACCUUGAGUACCUUAUCUCGCAAACCGUAGAUCCCGCGACCGUGGAUUACGCCGUUAUUACCGGCGUUAAGAUUCAUUCCGGAAACAACCUCCCAGACGAGCCAUUUCAGACAGAGCGCCUCUGUGACUACAUCGCCCCCAACGCUAUGUACGUCGUGAUCAAUGGCGAGAAGCACAUUCUCCACUGCGAGAUCAACCAGAUCAAUGCCAUCAAAUCCGUCCCUGCCUAUAAGUUUGCCAACUGA